AGGGCUGCUGGAGGAGAGUCGCGCUCACCGCAGCUGGAAACAGCUGCCCGCGCCCGGUGCCCCUGCCCGGACUCGGGCAAGCCGCUCCCACUUCGCGCCUCUCGGUUUCCAGCACACUGGCGGCCGGGCCCUGGGGACCGCAGCCGGCGCCAUGCAUUCCGUAGACCUAACCUAGCCCCAGCUGGGACAGACCUCCUAACCUCCAGACCUGCGGGCCGCAGGGAGUUAAAAUUGCUGCCUUCCUCUCCUCUCUCGCGGUUGGUGUUUUAUUUUCUAAAAGAACAUUUUGUUCACUUUUUAGUAUUUUCUACCGGGGGGCACCGCUACCCGCCUCGGUCAACAGACUCUGCUUUGUAAACGGGUUUUUCUAUGUGUGGAUGUGUAGCUAUACUUGGGACACUUGGCGACGCUUGUGCCUCUCCAGCAGGGGUACAGCUUGUUAUUUUGGACGUUCUUUUCCCCUUUCCACUUGGUACCCCGAACGCAUUGUGACCAAACUUCCCCCUGACCCCUGGACUUGGAUCGCCUUGGGGUACAACUGUGGGGUGCAAACCUCUACUUCGAAAGAAGGCCUGGGACGGCCCCACCCCCGCCGCCAGCAGUUGGGCAAGUUUACAUCUGGAUUUUCACACAUUUUGUCGCCACUGCCCGGACUCUGACUAACCCUGUGGGCGCCGGGUUGUCGGUGCUGCAGCCUCCUCAGACACUAUCAGCACUGCCUCCCCGCGUCUGUCCCUGCCCUCCCGGCCGCCAAGGUCCUGCCCUCGCCCCGGGGAAGCGCAAUCCCGAGGGCGCAGUGGAGCCUGGGGCCUGGGGCCCGCGCUGAGCAGCGAUGGCUGCAGCAAUAGCCAGCUCCUUGAUCCGGCAGAAGCGGCAGGCGAGGGAGUCCAACAGCGACCGAGUGUCGGCCUCCAAGCGCCGCUCCAGCCCCAGCAAAGACGGGCGUUCCCUGUGCGAGAGGCAUGUUCUCGGGGUGUUCAGCAAAGUACGCUUCUGCAGCGGCCGCAAGAGGCCGGUGAGGCGGAGACCAGAACCCCAGCUGAAAGGAAUUGUGACAAGGUUAUUCAGCCAGCAGGGGUAUUUCCUGCAGAUGCACCCAGAUGGUACCAUUGAUGGGACCAAGGACGAAAACAGUGACUACACUCUCUUCAAUCUAAUUCCUGUGGGGCUCCGUGUGGUGGCCAUUCAAGGGGUGAAAGCCAGCCUCUAUGUGGCCAUGAAUGGUGAAGGUUAUCUCUACAGCUCAGAUGUUUUCACCCCAGAAUGCAAGUUUAAAGAAUCUGUGUUUGAAAACUACUACGUGAUCUACUCUUCCACGCUGUAUCGCCAACAGGAAUCAGGCCGAGCGUGGUUUCUGGGACUCAAUAAAGAAGGUCAAAUCAUGAAGGGUAACAGAGUGAAGAAAACCAAGCCUUCAUCACAUUUUGUACCAAAACCUAUUGAAGUGUGUAUGUACAGAGAGCCAUCACUACAUGAAAUUGGAGAAAAGCAAGGGCGUUCGAGGAAAAGCUCUGGGACACCAACCAUGAAUGGAGGCAAAGUCGUGAAUCAAGAUUCAACAUAGCGGAGAACUCUUUCUUUUUUUCUUCCCUCCGUCAUCCCUUCUCUUUCCUCCCCCUUCCCACUCCCGAUUUCCUUCCGAUAUAUUUCACCCAAGGAGAGAAAAAUAAAAUGCCAAUGCAGGACCUAGUAGCUAAGAUUCUGCACUAAAAAUUCCCUUGUUCAGGACAAGAAAAUUGAACCAAAGCUUGCCUGUUGCAAUGUGGUAGAAAAUUCACAUGCACAAAGAUUAGCACAAUUAAAAGCAAAGGAAAAAAAAAUAAAUCAGGACUCCACGAGCAGUAAUUUAAACUGUGUUGUUAUUACUACAGGGCUAGCUGUAAUGAAUGUUUAAGUAUAAUAAAGAUGAAAUAUAACUAUUAAGGAAAGGGUCAUGGAAAAUGGAACUUAGAGAUUGAUGUUAGAUUCUAGCUUGAACUAGAUAAUACUAUGAUAUGUGGUUUUGUUUGACUUUAUAUUUCCUUUGGGCAUCUGGAAUUGACACAAUUACAUCCCAUUUCCAGGAUUAUUUUUUAACCAUAAAACUAAAUAUGUAUGAAUUAUACUAUUAUAAUGUGCUUAUAGAACAUGUAGCCAGGAACCAUUUAAUAUCAAGAAGAGCUUAAAAAUUACUCUUGAAACUGUGAAGAUUUCUUUUGCGAAUGAAUACCUUAUGUUGGAUCUAAUGGCAGUCAGUGAUUCAGUUCCUUCAUAAAAAGUUUCAGAUUCUUGUAAGAGAUGCCAUGUUUUUAUCAAAAAUACAAAUCUAGGAUCUCAUUUUGUUUUCAGUCAUUUAGAAAAGAAUUUAUUGUCAUAAUUCUGAAGUAGCACUGGAGCAUCCCAGGUCAUUACCAUGUUCAGGCAAUGAAGUGUUAGUUACUCUGCCUUACACUUUGAGCUUUUUGCAUGCUUUGCAGACUCACUUGAGACUACAGUGUGUCUGUCUAGCUGUCCAAGAGAGUUUUGCAUCAUAUCUUGCAGAAGGACUAGAGAAAGAUGGAUUUUACAUAAGAGAGUAAGUCUGAGGAAAUGCGAAGAAAAAUGGAUUUGCCUUUGUGCUCUGCUUGAGUUCUGUGUACAUAGGAUUUCCAGACUCUGGGAAAUCUGGAGGCAUGGUUAUGAAAUUGCUUUCUGUCUUAUGAAGCCAGUGGCUUUCUGUUGAUUAUAUCCUCAUGUGAAAGUCUAGUCGGGAGAAGGGUCCUAGUGACACAAUGUAUUUUUAAGGACAGGCAGACAUUGUAGGGAAUUAGCAACCAGGGGGGUAACAGAGCUGUGACAGUGGUCUGAAGUACUUAAAAGGAGCUCAGUAUAGAGGCAAGCAAGCACAGAUUAGGAAUGCCAUGGUAUUAGCAAAAUGCUGGCAAGAAACAAGUGUUAUAAAAUUAAAUUAGCGUCAAAAGAUCUAUUUAGCCCUACAAAUGAGGAAUGGUGUAGAGACAUCCAAAUUCAAGCAAAAUAAAACAACACAGAGUGUCUAAAAUGUAUGCAGAUUUAUGGGUAUUAUUCCUAAGAAGACUAGCAUGUAACUUAUCCUAUAUCUCUACUGUCCAGCAUGUACUGUUCCAAUUAUGACUACCUAAAAUAUAUACACUUCGCUGAAGCUCUAGGCCCUCACUUUAAACCUUGCCAUUGGUCACUAUCUUCUUUCAAGAUGAACAUAGUUUCAUUCACGCCACGCAAUCAUUAUUCUUCAACAGUGGUUUUUGUCCUUCACCAAGUAUCCUACUUAAUGUUAGCAGGAAGUUAGGAGAAAAAGAAAUGGAAUUGUUUGGCCAAUAAGUUAGGAGAACAAACAUUGUAUACACACCUGGGUGGAGAUUUUGAACAUAUAUUUACAAGAGAUACAUGUUAAAGCACUUGGAAAAUUAUAAAUAAGUACAUUUAUGUUAAAACAACAUCAACAACAAAGAAUCUUACUCUUCAAGGGAAAAAAAAGCCACCCUGGGGAAAAACUACCCUGGUGAAAAAGGAAGAUCUGGAUAUGUUUUCCUUGUCACUUGAUUCAACUAGAUUAUGAAUACACUCAUAACUUCCAGGAACAAAUGAAUCCCAACCACAACUCCUUCUUUUAUUUGAAAUGAUCAAAAGAAACUUUAGUGGGCACAGGCCCUUCCAGCAGGAAAUGAGUGGGGAUUUGUGGUGAUACACACCUACCCCAAUGCAGCUGACGGCUUCACAACAGAGCUGAUGGAACCCGUAAUCAUCAAUUAUACUUACAUCUGAUGGAAUAUAUUUAAUCUAGCUAAUUCUGAAAAGAUAUGAUUGAGACAUGAAUCCAACAAAACCUCUUCCUCUAUUUUCAGUGGGUGUCUGUCAUUUAAAAUUUACACUCAUAUUUCUCUCCUUUGUGAGAAUAAUUAAGGCUCAUUCAAGCUAGGUAUAUACUGCAAUGGUAGAGCACUUUUUUUUAAAGCAUACAGCAAACUCUGACUUUAAUCCCAAGUACUCGGGGAAGAAAGGAAUCUAACCACCCAAGCUAUAUGUUUUCUCAUGAUGUUAAGUAAAUUUUCUCUGCAGAAAAAUGCUUUGGAAAUUUGUUUUAUGUACAGCUCAUUUCAGAGAAUAAAUUGGAAGCCUCAUAUUUAUUUUACACAUAAUCUUGACAGAAUUAUGGUGUAGAACUUAGAAUAAGUAAGUGUUCAACUGCAGCUCACUUUUUAAAUGCAUUUUGAUUUUUAAUAGGAAGAGUCAGUAUUUGUUGUUUUUAAAAUGUUCCUAAUA